AGAUUUGGGACGUGAGAUGCAAAGUCGGCUGCGUGAUGACGUUUGAAGGCGUCGACAUUUGCAGCGACAGUAUUGAUCUUAACAGAGAACAAUGCAUCGCCGGCAGCUGGCUGCCCACAGAAGCACUAGGAGUGUGGGAUUUGACAGCUAGGAAGAGGCUGAACAUCAUCAGGGUACAAAAUAGACGUCCUGACGUGGAUGGAGAGUAUAUCUAUGCUUGUCGAUAUUGGAGAUCCAACCAGUUUAAUCGUAAAGGCAAGUAUGCCGUCAUCGGUGGAAGUGGAACCAAUUGUGUUGAAGUUAUCAACCUUCACAACAGGUACAUCACUUGUUCCUACCCCGCUCCCGGCACAGUUCUCGCCAUAACAAGCCACGAAGAGCGCAUCGCGUUCGGCGGAACCGCUCCCGUUUUCAACAUCGUCUCCUUCCACGAUCCUAAGCACGAGAAGUACGAGUCCCCCGAAGACGCAGAAUAUGACAUCACUAAGUCGGUGACUUUGUUCCGUGACGAUUCUGACAGUAUAUGCUCGAGGUCAGAAGUGGAUGGAACCAAGUCGGUGAUUGCCGCCGCGUCGAACGCCGCGUCCAUGACGGCGCCUUCGAUGAUCAGCCGUGUGUCUGUUGGUGCUGCUGCUAGCCAGAAAUUGGCUUGAUAAUACUAAUUGGUAUUCUCUUCGUCUUUUUCCAAAACACUAUGCACGUAAGGUACGAUACGAUAUUACUAAGUCGGUGACGUUUUUCCGUGAUGAUUCGGACAGUAUAUGCUCAAGGGCAGAGGUGGAUGGAACCAAGUCGGUGACGGUGCAGCUGCUAGCCAGAAAUUAGCUUGAUAGUAUUAUUUUAGAUGUAAUUUUGUUAUUUAUUUUUCUUAGCGGAUUGUAGUGUUUUUGA